AUGUAUACAAUGAACAAUAAGGACGCUAAUACACACAAUACGGCACCACCGUUGCCCCCGUCUGCAACGACAACAAGGAUUUUUGACGUUUACGUGGGCGAGGCGGAAAUGCCGGAACACGUGAUCGACAUCAUGGACUACGAAGAUGACGAGGUCACGCGACAAGCACGUGGGGCCUGGGCUGACGAUCAGAAUCGUCAUAUACGGCACACCGUCCACAAUGAUCAGAACGUACAGAACGACAACAACAACAAUAAUAAUAAUAAUAAUAAUAAUGAUGAUGAUGAUGAUGAUAUGGACCAAGAAGGUAUAGAUGAUGAUGACGAUGAUGAUGAUGAUGACGAAGAAGGCAACAGCCACGAUCACGACGAUGACGAUGACAAUGACAACGACAACGACAACGAUGUUUCUGACUACGCCAGAAACACACACACAGGCCCCACGCUCGUGAAUACGGGGCUGGGAGAGCCCAUGCCCCUAACCAACAUCGCAACCGCCUCGGCAACCCGUUUCACGUCCCACAUGCCCCUGGCACCACCACCCGUCAUCGUGCCGUCCGCCUCCUCCUCCUCCUCUGCCGCCUCGUCUGCAGCAGCAGCAGCAGCUCUUUCCAGCACCGAUAUUUGGUCCGUGCCCGUGGAAAACGCCUUUUUGGCCGCGCUGCGAGUCAUCCCAAAAAAGGGCACCGCCAAGAUCAAACUCAACAAACGCAACUACGGCCGCAACGAGCUCAUCUCGCUCUACAUCCACCACAAUCUGGGCGAGUACCGUGCCAAGAAACAAAUCUCAUCGCAUAUCCAGGUAUGGAAGAAAUCCAUACUUAAUAAACUGCAGAACGGAUCGCCGGUCACGCCGUACGAAACAGAACUGCUGCAGCUUAUCGAAGAAGGCGCCUCUCAAAGCUCCGAAAACGAGCGUAUUUUCCAAAAAGUGUUCAUGGACAUCAUAGAGGACGUCGGCAAUGGUCCUGCACCGCUGCGAUCGUUCGGCGACUCCUGUGUGUCCAGUGGUGCGGUUUCCAACGCUUCGUCGUCCUCGCCGUCUCAAAAAGGCAUGGUUGGUAUCAGCCUUGGCAACCCGAAAAUGGUGCCAGAAAGGCUACCUUUAAAGACGACCGCAACACACAAUAGUCCACAUAUCAUUUCGCCUGACCACGUGACCGGAUACGGCGUAUUGCGAAAUACUGAAGGUGGCAUGAGAACCGCUACAAUGCCAGAGGCCAUAACGCCUUUGGACUACGCCCGCAGAGUGUAUGGAAAUUCACGCUCUUACAAAUGUGUUCCUGUCAACAUGCACGACUACACGUAUCAGCACAACAGCCCUGGGUCGGCUCAUCCGGAGGAAACCGUCAACCAGCAGACCCUUUUGGCCGCGCAGCAAGUGGCCGCCAGACAGCGCCAGCUCAUUGACACCAUGUACACAGGACAACAGCAGUUGUAUGGCCCUCCUCCUCCUGCUUCUGCCGAUAUGGUGGAGCCGGAUCACGUGGAAUACACGCGCUACGAUCUGCAUUCGAUUAUUCCUCCCACGGCCGCAAGGCCGCCCGAUCAAGCAUAUGUCGACUUGCAAAGACGUUCACUACAGCGUUCAAACGCCGACCGUCACUCAAGAGCCUCCAUACACACCAGCGCGAGCGACCACAGCUCCGAUAGUGGUCCAUCCGGCGACAUCGCCUGA